GCGACGAUGGGCGCGGCGCGGGGGGCGCCGGGGGCCGGGCGGGCGCGCUGGGGCCGGGCGGGGCGGGCGGCGUGCCUGCUGGCGGCGGCCUACGGGCUGCGGCGGCUGUGCCCGGCGCUGUGGCGGCGGCUGCGGCGGCGGGCCGAGGGCGCGGAGCUGCUGCAGUGCGCGGCGCUGGCGGGCGGGCGCGCCUCCUCGCCGGCGGCCGACGCGGCGUUCCUCCGGCAGCUGCUGGCGCUGCGCCGGCUGCUGCUGCCGGCGCUGGCGAGCCGCGACUCGGGCUGGCUGUGCCUGCACUCGGCGGCGCUGGUGGCGCGCACCUUCCUCUCCAUCUACGUGGCCGGCCUGGACGGCAAGCUGGUCAAGAGCAUCGUGGAGAAGCGGCCGCGCCGCUUCGCGCUGCAGCUGCUCCAGUGGCUGCUCAUCGCGCUGCCCGCCACCUUCGUCAACAGCGCCCUGCGCUACCUGGAGGGCAAGCUGGCGCUGGCCUUCCGCACCCGCCUGGCCGAGCACGCCUACCGCGCCUACUUCGCCGGCCAGACCUACUACCGCGUGGCCGGCAUGGACGGCCGCCUGGCCACGCCGGACCAGUCGCUCACCGAGGACAUCGCCGCCUUCGCGCAGUCGGUGGCCCACCUCUACUCCAACCUCACCAAGCCCAUCCUCGACGUGCUGCUCACCUCCUACACCCUCAUCCGCACCGCCCGCGCCCGCGGCGCCAGCCCCGUCGGGCCCACCCUGCUGGCCGGCCUGGUGGUCUUCGCCACGGCCAAGGUGCUCAAGGCCUGCUCGCCCCGCUUCGGCAAGCUGGUGGCCGAGGAGGCCCGCCGCAAGGGCCACCUGCGCUACGCCCACGCCCGCAUCAUCGCCAACGUGGAGGAGAUCGCCUUCUACCGGGGCCACAAGGUAGAAAUGAACCAACUCCAGAAAAGUUACAAAGCUCUGGCCGAUCAAAUGAAUCUCAUUCUCUCCAAACGUUUAUGGUACAUCAUGCUCGAGCAGUUCCUGAUGAAAUACGUCUGGAGCGGGAGCGGUUUGAUUAUGGUGGCUGUACCUAUCAUCACAGCAACGGGAUUUGCAGAUGGCGAAUUAGAAGACGGCCAGAAACAAGCAAUGGUCAGUGAGCGAACGGAAGCCUUUACCACUUCCCGAAACUUACUGGCCUCUGGGGCAGAUGCCAUUGAACGGAUUAUGUCUUCUUACAAAGAGGUCACCGAGUUAGCCGGCUACACGGCUCGGGUGUACAACAUGUUUUCGGUCUUUGAUGAAGUGAAGAGAGGCAUUUACAAAAAGACAGCUGUGUCUCAAGAACAAGAAAGCGGCAGCACAAAAAGAGAGAAAACAGGACAACAUAUUGAUGGCCCCUUAGAAAUAAAAGGAAAGGUGAUAGAUGUUGAUCAUGGGAUUAUCUGUGAAAAUGUUCCUAUAAUUACCCCAAACGGAGAUGUGGUGGUUUCCAGACUAAACUUCAAAGUUGAGGAAGGAAUGCACCUUCUAAUCACGGGUCCCAACGGGUGUGGGAAAAGUUCUCUCUUCCGAAUUCUCGGUGGUUUGUGGCCUGUCUAUGAAGGAGUCCUCUACAAACCACCUCCUCAGCAUAUGUUCUACAUCCCACAAAGGCCCUACAUGUCCAUUGGAACGCUGCGCGAUCAAGUUAUCUAUCCGGACUCGGUGGAGGACAUGCAUGAAAAGGGGUACCAAGACCGCAAUCUUGAGUGCAUCCUGCAGAUCGUUCAUUUGAACCACAUCGUUCAGAGAGAAGGAGGGUGGGACGCCGUCACAGACUGGAAAGAUGUUUUGUCCGGAGGAGAAAAGCAGCGGAUGGGCAUGGCCCGGAUGUUUUACCACAAGCCCAAGUACGCAUUACUUGAUGAAUGUACGAGUGCUGUCAGCAUUGAUGUUGAAGGGAAGAUAUUCCAGGCUGCAAAAGGAGCUGGUAUAUCCCUGCUCUCGAUAACGCACAGACCGUCUCUUUGGAAGUAUCACACCCACCUGCUGCAGUUUGAUGGGGAAGGAGGCUGGCGCUUUGAACAGCUGGACGCUGCGAUCCGCUUGACCCUCAGCGAGGAAAAACAAAGACUGGAAUCCCAGCUUGCAGGAAUGCCAAAAAUGCAGCAGAGACUGAAUGAACUUUGCAAAAUCCUAGGGGAGGACUCUGUGCUGAAAGCCAUGGUCAAAGCGGAAUAAAUGUUUUAAUUUA